GUUCCAACAUACGCAAAAUUCCUAAAGGACUUGUGUACUAUCAAAAGAGGGUUGACUGUAAAUAAGAAAGCCUUCUUGACUGAGCAAGUAAGUGCAAUCUUACAGUGUAAGUCUCCUUUGAAGUACAAAGAUCCGGGAAGUCCUACCAUUUCAGUCAUGAUUGGAGGAAAGGUAGUGGAGAAAGCUUUAUUAGACUUGGGAGCUAGUGUGAAUUUGCUUCCAUAUACUGUCUAUAAGCAAUUGGGACUUGGUGAGCCAUUCCUUGCUACCUCAAAUGCAAUCAUCAAUUGUAGGAAUGGGCUCAUGCAACUCACUUUUGGCAAUAUGACACUUGAUCUCAACAUUUUUUAUAUGUCUAAAAAGCAAUUCACUCCGGAAGAAGAAGAGGGUCCAGAGGAAGUGUGUAUUAUUGACACUCUGGUAGAGGAGCACUGCAAUCAGAAUAUGCAAGAUAAGCUGAAUGAAAGUUUUGCGGAUUGUGAGGAAGGUUUGUCUGAACCUCCUAAUGAGCUAGCUACUUUACAAAGUUGGAGGAGGAUAGGAGAGAUUCUACCUUUGUUCAAUGAAGAAGAGGGAGUAGAUGCUGAAAAAGAGGUCCCAAAACUCAAUUUGAAGCCUCUACCUACAGAGCUGAAAUAUACAUAUCUUGAAGAAAAUAAUCAAUGUCCUGUUGUAAUAUCUUCAUCUCUGACCAGUCAUCAAGAGAAUGGGUAUUCAGGGUAUUUUCAGAUUGAGAUUGCUGUGGAAGAUCAGGAAAAGACCACUUUUACAUGUCCAUUUGGAACAUAUGCUUAUAGAAGAAUGCUUUUUGGUUUGUGUAAUGCACCUGCAACAUUCCAAAGGUGUAUGUUGAGUAUCUUCAGUGAUAUGGUGGAGCGAAUUAUGGAGGUUUUCAUGGAUGACAUCACCGUAUAUGGAGGUACAUUUGAGGAAUGCUUAGUCAAUUUGGAAGCAGUUCUUCACAGUGACCAUUCAGCCUUGAAAUAUUUAUUGACAAAGCAAGAUACAAAAGCAAGGUUGGCAUGUGGAGGCCACUUUGCCUCUCAGAAAACAGUUAUGAAGGUGUUGCAAUCAGGGUUUACAUGGCCAUCUCUGUUCAAAGAUGCUCACAUCAUGUGUAGAAGUUGUGAUAGAUGCCAAAGGCUUGGCAAGCUCACAAAAAGGAAUCAAAUGCCAAUGAACCCCAUACUAAUAGUUGAGUUAUUUGAUGUAUGGGGCAUUGACUUCAUGGGACCUUUUCCAAUGUCUUUUGAUAAUUCUUACAUCUUGGUGGGGGUGGAUUAUGUUUCUAAAUGGGUUGAGGCAGUACCCUCUAAACAAAAUGAUCAUAGAGUGGUUCUCAAGUUUCUGAAAGAGAACAUUUUUGCAAGAUUUGGGGUACCCAAAGCUAUAAUUAGUGAUGGAGGUUCUCAUUUUUGCAACAAGCCUUUUGAAAGUUUGUUAGCCAAGUAUGGAGUGAAUCAUAAGGUAGCUACACCUUAUCAUCCACAGACUUCCGGGCAAGUUGAGCUAGCAAACAGGGAGAUAAAGAACAUACUGAUGAAAGUGGUGAGUACAAACAGGAAAGAUUGGUCUGUUAAGCUUCAUGACAAGCCCACGCCAAAGAAGCGCCAGGCCAAGCAGACACUUCAAACGCCUCCGGCAAGGUGCUACCUUACCAGGUCAGGGGGCCGUCCCCUCCAAAAGCGAGCUAGAGUGGAAAGCUCGGAACCCAUUGACUUGACAGGGCAAUCCCCUGUUCAAUCCCCUGUCCCAUCUCCAGAGCCCACUCCUGUGCCAUCUCCGGCACCACCGGCGAAGCCUCAACCAAGCCAGCCGCCGCCUCCUGAGCCUCAAAUUCCGGCUGAACCAGCUCUAGAAGCGAUAAUCAGGUGUCCAAUGCUCACUCAGCCUCCAAUUCAAGGCAAUUUGGACUGCCGAGCUAGGCCAUUCCAUUCUGAGCUGUGUUUUGACACAGCUGCCUUUCAGUUGCGCCCAGAGCUUGAAAGAUCAUUUCAAUUGCUGCGAAGAUAUCGAAUGGAGCAGCUUUUGACCCCGCGGGACUUCUUUUAUCCAAGAGUGGCCAUGGAUUUUUAUCAAUCCAUGACUACUCAGCAGGUCAGAGAUCCUACCUUAAUUCAUUUCACUAUUGAUGGUAGACAUGGCAUCCUGGGAGCUCGUCACAUAGCUGAGGCCCUGCAUAUCCCAUAUGAGCCCAACCAUUUUGAUGAUUUCCGAGCUUGGGCCAGUCCAUCUCAGUUGGAGAUGGUGCAUAUCCUGUCUGGAGGAGCUUCCAGAAAUCCAUAUCUGUUGAGGGGGGAACUUCCUCCAAGGAUGUUCCUCAUUGAUGCCCUUUUGCGCCAUAAUAUCUAUCCCCUCCAGCAUUGGACCCAGAGAAGAGGAAUUCUGUAG